AUGGCGGUGAGCUCCCUCGUCGCCGUGGUCCGCCAGAGAAGGCAGCGCUCCGGAGGAAUACUACCUGAGUUUUACGCGCGGAAGCUCUGUACAGGUGUUGAGGCUCAUCAUCUGCCCAGGCACGAAGCCCUGGAUGGUGGGUAUCCAAGCUCUGGACCUGCAUCAAGCACUCCUGCCUUCAGACCUGAGGAUGAGCUGGAACAUCUUACCAAGAAAAUGCUGUAUGACAUGGAGAAUCCUCCUUCUGAUGACUACUUUGGCCGCUGUGCCCGCUGUGGGGAGAAUGUUGUUGGGGAAGGCACCGGCUGCACGGCCAUGGACCAGGUCUUCCACGUGGAGUGCUUCACCUGCAUGAAGUGCAACAACAAGCUGAGGGGACAGCCCUUCUACGCGGUGGAGAAAAAAGCCUACUGUGAACCCUGCUAUAUUAACACACUGGAGCAGUGCAGUGUCUGUACAAAGCCCAUCAUGGAAAGGAUCCUCCGAGCCACUGGGAAAGCCUACCAUCCCCACUGUUUCACCUGUGUGAUGUGCCACCGCAGCCUGGAUGGGAUCCCCUUCACCGUGGAUGCUGGUGGGAACAUCCACUGCAUCGAGGAUUUCCAUAG